AUGACAUCAGUUAGCAUUUAUGUUACUCGUACAUCUUCUAUGAUUUCGUUGAGAUUGUGUAGGGUGGUGGCUAUUAUAAGGGUAUGUUGCAGGUUUAUGUUGAAGUUUCUUCGUGUGGAUUUCCAGGCAUUCUCCUACAGCCUCACUUAUCUCACUCCAGGAAAUGGCUGGAUUGUGAUCCAGAGACUGCUAACCGUCCUUAUAUCUAACAUUGAGGCCGUUGCUAACAGAUUGAGGGUGAUACACUUUAAUUUUUGCAACGAUCUUCAAUUUAAUGGAGUGAACCUUGUUGAUAGUCCAAGAAAUCAUAUUAGCAUCACAUUUAGCAAAAAGGUAACUAUCUCCCAUAUCACUGUAAGUGCACUUGAAGAUAGUCCCAACACUGAUGGUAUUGACAUCUCUACUUCUCAUCAAGUUCACAUUUUGGAUUCCACCAUUCAAAGAAGUGAUGAUUGUAUUGUGAUCAAUUUGGGAGGUUGUAAUAUCAAGAUUACUGGUAUUUCAUGUGGAUCGAGACGUGGUAUAAGUGUAGGAAGCCUAGGAGUUAAUGGGACUUUUGCUACUGUGGACAAUAUCAAUGUAGCACAUUGUACCCUCCAAGGAACACAAAAUGGUGUAGAAACAAAACCUGGCACCGUCUGUAGGGCCUUGGAUUGGUAUUGGAAUUUUCAGGUGAAAACUGGUGCAAAAAUCCUAGCUACUGGUUAA